AAGCUCUAAAUUAAAAUAUAAAAGACAUAAGCGAAUUAAUACCAGCUGCUGGUCAUUAUGGUAAAACAAAUGUUUAAGCUACGUGCUGCAAGUUUGGAAAUAGUCCGAAGUGCGAUCGUCUCUAGUCCAAGAGCUAUUUCUUCUGAGGUGCCGACAGACACUCAGUUCAGAUUCGUAUGUUGACUGCAUCAGUAUGGGGCGUUAUACACUUGUGCUACUCUCCAUACUAUUUGGAUAUUUUGCUGCGGCUUUCGCUGCAGGCAACAAGACAGAAUCGGUGGCGCCUAAGGAGCGCUUACUUUCGCGACGCGUUCGUGCUCUGGUAUUCCCCAAUAAGGCCUCGGUGCUGAUAACGGCAGCGUUGACCAAAAUUAUUGUAGGCGGUCGACCAAGUGGACUGCAAUAUAGUUUAGAAUUUGAUAUGUAUGUACCGCUACCGGACACUGUGGAAGGCUGGAGUCCGAAAAUACUCCUGGAUCAUACAGAUAAUAAAAAACAACAGGUGACAAAGCCAAAACGUCGUUGGGAUUGGAAUUGGCAGGGAUACGCACAGAAUAGCUCAGUUUACAAAUAUCCUUAUCGUAGACCUAAUAUGUACUAUCUUGGACCCUACCAAGCAGAGAGCUAUACCAAAUAUGUUAAACCCAAAACACACAAAUAUUACUUUUAUAAAAGCCCUUGGCAAUUGAGCGAGGAGCCCUGGCAACGCAGUCAUCAGCCCAUUGCUGAGGAAGAAGUCUAUGAAUCCUGGGUACAUGUGCCCAGCUGGAAGCUAAAUCGUGACUAUAGAGAACGACGCGCUAUCUUUGAUCAAUUUGAGGCAAUGGGAAAUUUCUUUCAGAUGGACCUAAGAUCCUGCAUAAAACGUGCCAUGUGUGAGUUAAAGGCCAGGUUCAAUGAGCACCAUGGCCAGGGUAUGCUAAUGGAGGAUCUCUUGCGGAUUAUAUUAACUGUGCCCGAAGAGAUAGCCGAUGCUAAAUAUAAACAUCGCGUGGAUGUGCGUGACUGUAGUCGUUUCUAUGCGGUUUCCUGCCCUUAUAGAGUGUUGGAAUUUCUAUCAUGGAAUGUUGGGCAGAGUUCAAUGAAAAAGUAGACAUUGAGAUUACAAUCGAACUCAAUAUGGAGUGAAGUAAAACAUUUGCUGAAAUGCUCAGUCUACAAAGUUAACAGCUGGAAGUCAGUUCACCUUUUCGUUUUUUCUAGACGGUUUGGUUUAUUUUUUGGAAUUUUUUCUAAAUUCAAUAUACAAUAUUUCGGAUUGUUUAACUAAAAAUAAAAUUAGAAAGAAAGAAAUUUUUUUAAAAUGUUGGCCCUCAAAUCGUUGGUAAGACGUGGGACUUUUAGCAAGUUGUCCAGCUUUCGGGCUAUGGUUUCACUGCGUUCGAAAUCCAAUAAAUGUGAAAAGAAGAAAGAAAGCGUUUGUCCAAAGAAGUUUGACAGUUUCCCAUGCGGAAAGCCAGAGUUUAUGUUGACUCCACCGCCAAAGGUUAACGAAAAGAGGAUAACUAAGCAGCCGUCCAUAUGGUUGAAUCCCUUCUGUGACGAGGAAGCUGUGUACUGUCCAUUCAACCCGCGAUUUGAUGACAUCUACUACGUUGAAUCGGAUAAGGCCAAU